UUCGGACUGUAGAGGUAAAUCCUUGUUUUGGGUACUCAUUUUAAAAUUUAGCUUUUCUUGUAGGACAUAUACUCGGAGUUUUGGAAGGUUCCAUGAUUGGUUGAAUGCAGUGGUUUUCUUUGCUCCGCCCAAGUUUGCUUGAAGGUGAGAGGGGAUGCUACUGGAGAGAAGGGGAUAAUCUUCCUCCUCCUCCAAAAUCACAGCUCAUUACUCGCCGUGUGGAAUCAUGUGGAUUAUCGUGGUUGUUCUCCUGGCGACGGUCGGUCCCGAUUGGAGCAAGGGAUGCCAGCUGCCCCACGACUGGAGACCCCAGACGGAGGCAUGCCGUGCUGAGCUGGCCGAGAUCAUCGUGUUCGCCAAGGUUCUGGCUCUGCACAAGGAGCCUUACAAUUACCUGCCGUGGCAGCUCAAUACAGACCUGCUGUACUCCGCUGAAAUAGAGCUGUUGUGCGACCAGGCGUGGGGAAGCAUGCUGGAGGUCCCAGCAGGCUCCAGGUUUAACGUCACUGGCAUGGGCUACUUCCCAUGCUUCUCCUACAGUGUGACCCCCAACAACAACUACUACUUCUUUGUAAGGAUGGAUGAAAACUACAAUAUUGUCCCCCAUGGAGUGAACUUCCAAGACGCCAUCUUCCCAGACACGCCAGACAACCAUCGCAUGUUUGCCAGCCUUUUCCAGUUUGCCAACUGCACGCCUGGUACUCAGGUCCACAGCUUCACCCCUGAGUGGGAGGCGCAGGAGGACAGCAGGUUGUUGUGCUCCGCGGUGCAGAAGGCUCUGUUCGAGGAGGAGGAGAAGGUGAAGACGCUGUCUCAGAAUGUGCGUUACUUGGAGAAGGCCAACGGCCACCUGAGGGAGAAGGUGAAGACCAUGAAACGUCUACUGCGCCAGGCCCAACGGGAGACGGCCAAGGAGCAGCAAAUGCUCAGCCUCAAGCAGCUUUAUGAGUCAAAGACAACCCGAACGCACCCUCAUCAGGACACCACCCAGGACCAAAAGGACCCUCCUCUUAAGAGGGCACUGGCAAAGAAGUUAAAGAAGUAGGGUUACCAUCAAUGCACACUAACACCGCUGCCCUAUGACGCAUCAGCAGGCUAAAUGUGUGUCUUAUAUGCAUUACCCAUCUUAAUAUGCUUAUUCCAUAAGAAUCACCCUGUAGCAGUUAAUAAGACCUCUUAUGUUAGCAUUGCAUGUACAUUUCAUGAAACAGCUUCACAUCUUGCCUUGAAUUUAAGUUAAGGGCUUUGUAAAACUGUGACCUUUGUCACUAAAGGUUGCAUUUUAUUCAGUGAUGAGACAUAUUCUUCAAGCAGCACACACCCGAUGAACAAUGACACAACUGUGAGAUACAUGGCCUGAAAUGUCCAAAUGGCUUUAGCAGUUAGUGAGUCCACAAUAAAUGAGCAAAGUGUGUCCAAAUACUGGCAAAAGUACAGCACCUGAGUAGCGCAAGUUACUUUCCACUAUUGGUCAUGCGGAGGAGGUUGCGAUGUUGAGUAAAAUGUGUGAUGAGUGGAGCUACAGUAUGUAUGUGUUCUUUUAUUUUAUUUGUGAAACUAUUUAUAUACGAUAUAUAAAAAGUAUCCAAAAAGUGCGAUGGUGAUUUAGCAUUUUGUUCUUUUUGUAAGUUUGCUCAUACAAAUAGUGUAUUUUUUUGAUAAAAAGGGUGCUGCGCAUCUAUUAAGUUGAGCCAGUGAACCCAGCAAGGUCCAGGGUUGGCUUUUUCUGAAUGUUUCUGUUUUUGUGCUUUCUUUUUCUAGUUUGUUUACUGGUUUGCAACAGCAGCAUGACAUUUUACAUUACUCGUCUUCACAUUUUGAAAUGAAU